CGCAUUACACCUUGCAUGCAAAUUGCCAGCUAUCUUGAAUUAAAGCAUUCAAAUUCAAAAUCCAAAAAAAAAUCUAAAAUAUUCCCUGACUCAAAAACCCAAACCAAUCUUAGCCGUUGCUUUUAAUCCGUUACACCAACACCUCGAAUAUUGUCCUUUGGAUCCACCCAUUCAAUUCAAAUUCAAAACCCUAAUUUUACUCCCAGUAAAAAAGUAGCCGUUUUCCCUCUCUCACUAUAUAACUUCUCCUCUUCCAAUUCAACUCCCCCAUUUUUGAACCCAGUCUCUUCGUUUUCUCUCUCCUCAAAACCUCUCCCCACCAUUUCAAUUUUCUCAUUUUCUCUCUCCUCUUCAAAAUUCGAAAAUGCGUGAAAUCCUUCACAUUCAAGGGGGUCAGUGCGGGAACCAAAUCGGUUCUAAAUUCUGGGAAGUUGUGUGCGCUGAACACGGCGUCGAUACCACCGGAAAAUACCACGGUGACAGUGACCUUCAACUUGAGAGAAUCAAUGUCUACUACAACGAAGCCGGUUGUGGGAGGUUCGUUCCCAGGGCUGUUCUUAUGGAUCUUGAGCCCGGUACCAUGGACAGUAUCAGAUCCGGCCCGUAUGGACAGAUUUUCAGGCCUGACAACUUCGUCUUUGGACAGUCCGGUGCUGGUAAUAACUGGGCGAAGGGUCAUUACACUGAAGGUGCCGAGUUGAUUGAUUCUGUUCUUGAUGUUGUGCGCAAAGAAGCUGAAAAUUGUGACUGCUUGCAAGGGUUUCAAGUUUGUCAUUCAUUGGGAGGAGGAACUGGAUCUGGGAUGGGAACUUUGUUGAUUUCGAAGAUUAGGGAAGAAUACCCAGAUCGAAUGAUGAUGACUUUCUCUGUUUUCCCUUCGCCUAAAGUGUCGGAUACCGUGGUCGAGCCUUACAAUGCAACUUUAUCUGUUCACCAGCUUGUUGAGAAUGCAGAUGAGUGUAUGGUUCUUGAUAAUGAAGCUUUGUAUGAUAUCUGCUUCAGAACUUUGAAGCUUACCACCCCUAGCUUUGGCGAUUUAAACCAUUUGAUAUCGGCUACCAUGUCCGGAGUUACAUGUUGUCUGAGGUUCCCAGGUCAAUUGAACUCUGACCUCAGGAAACUGGCAGUGAAUCUGAUUCCAUUCCCCCGGCUUCAUUUCUUCAUGGUGGGUUUUGCUCCCCUGACGUCUCGUGGGUCACAACAAUACCGUUCAUUGACAGUCCCUGAGCUAACCCAGCAGAUGUGGGAUUCGAAAAACAUGAUGUGUGCAGCAGACCCUCGUCAUGGUCGUUACUUGACAGCUUCUGCCAUGUUCAGAGGAAAAAUGAGCACAAAGGAGGUUGAUGAGCAGAUGCUUAACGUGCAAAACAAGAAUUCUUCCUACUUUGUUGAGUGGAUUCCCAGCAAUGUGAAGUCCACAGUUUGUGACAUCCCACCUACUGGAUUAAAGAUGGCAUCCACUUUCAUUGGUAACUCGACAUCCAUACAGGAGAUGUUUAGGAGGGUGAGUGAGCAGUUUACUGCUAUGUUUAGGAGGAAGGCUUUCUUGCAUUGGUAUACUGGUGAAGGAAUGGACGAGAUGGAGUUCACUGAGGCAGAGAGCAACAUGAAUGAUUUGGUUGCGGAAUAUCAGCAGUACCAAGAUGCAACAGCUGAGGAGGACGAGUAUGAAGAUGAGGAAGAAGAGGAGCAGUAUGAAUGACGAUAAAUUUGGCUACUAGUUUUUGGUUUUUUAAAGUGAGAAGUAACUAUCAAGUAUUUGCCAGGGUUGGUUGUAACCUCAACUUCUAGUUGUAGGAAAACUGACAUGAAUUCACCAAUUAAAGCUCUGUAUUUUGUGAUAUUGUAGGAAUUUGCAAGAAUUACAAGUGUUAAAGUUUUUGUUG